AUGGCAACCCAACUGGGCCCAUUCCAUGCUGGCUUCAGCCGUCCCAAGCGUCUAACUCUGGCUGAGAUCGAGGCUGUUGCCAAUGGCAUCAACAACAGCAAAUAUCAGCCAAGCCGGCGCGGUUCUCAGAUGGUGAGUGAAUGGGUCCGGAAUCAGGCAAGGCCUCGUAACAGUGGGAACUUGAUGAGCCUGGAUCAUUUAGCCACCUUUUUCAACCCUAAUCAGCGAAUCGGCUUGCCGUUGGGCAGUCGAUUUCCCCGUUCUGUUAGCAUCGCAAAUACCAAUCGGCCAACGCAUUCGUCUCUUAUAGCCCCAUCAGGCGGGCUCAAACGCAAAGCAUCACGCCUGGAUCGCGAGGGUUUUGUUAUCCUCCAGGAGCCGCCCCAUAAGCAAAGACGUGGGCUUGGAUCCAGGACGGUCAUAGAUCUGACGGGAGAGGAGCCCCGGAGAAACAGGUCCUUUCUUGGUCAUCGGGACGAGGAUGUUAUCAUUAUUGAUCCGCCAGCUGCUGAGAUUCGUUCUGACAUCCGGCGACUCGCCCUCGGGCCCCUCGAAAAUGAGAUCCAUGCAGAGGAAGCAAGUGGGCGACAACGACCUGGCCCUGGCCCUUUGAUGGCUGGCGGGCCCCGUGCGUCAUCUGGGAGAAACAGGCCAAGGCCGGCGCCCACACAGUCGCAGACUCCAAGUCUUGACCGAGCUGGACCGGAAAACCGCGGAAGUCAAGCACGUCUGGCAAACUUAGUGCAAGAGAGAGACCAGCCUCAGGCCGCCAAGUCUGUAUUCCAGUUCUUCGCCUUGGCUGGCGAGAUUCGUGACAACAUAUACCGACACCUGCUCGUCUCAGCCAAGCCUAUCCAUGUCAAGGCUCUCUGGACAGAGGUAACUCGACGCAUCAGUCCCCGCGGACGCCACAUGGGCAUCGAUGAGACCAUUAAACCAAGUAUCCUGCUGGCGUGCCGCCAAGCUGCUGCCGAAGGCACCCGCGUUCUGUACUCGGAGAACACAUUCCUCUACCUGCUGCGGGAUCCGGAAGCUGCUGAAAGUAAUAACAGCAGUGGAGGUAGUGGUGGAGGGCGAAACAAGCGGACUGGCAGAGGACGGGGUACUCCUCUCUUUAACCUGGCCAAAUAUGGUCAUCUCAUUCGGCACAUGGCCAUCGAGCUGGAGCCUAACCGCACGGGUGCUCCAUACCAGGAGCUGAUGGCCAGGGCGCUCGAAGUCCUGGUCCCUUCCCCUGCCUCGUCCGGCAUUCCAUCCAGUCCGUGCAUUCAUCUGCACAUGCUGACUAUCAGCGUCUCCCCAUUGCCGGUGCCUGGCCAGCGUACCGUUCGCUCCGCAGGGUCCGACAGCAACGGCUCCGGCAUGGCCAACUCGGACGGCCGUUAUCUGAGCGUCGUGAACCUUUUCAACAGGGGUGCGCGGGUCCUCAAGGCGCUACAGCGUAUCGACACGAACUUCUUGCGCAUAAACGUCCACGUCAACUCGAACACCAGAAAUUCCAUCCACGACGAGUCACCCUUUGACGAGACAAGCGAUUCAGAUUCGGACGUCGACAGUCUCUCGGAUGGAGAGACAGCGUCUCAAGCUCUGCGCGUGCGGAAGCCCAGGCAGAGGCAUCUUGAGACUACAAUCGACCUGCGAUACCUUCCACGUCACAUGGAGGCCCUCCGCCGCGAGCCAGUCCUGGGAAAUCUCUGGGAGGGUGACGUAUUAAUGCAGGAAGAGCGCAAGAAGCGGGGUGUCGGGGCGGCCAGGGCUCUGAACGACAUGCGCAGGCACAUCGAGGAGGCUUGUGAGUGGCCUGAGAAGGCGGUCGCGGGUGGGUUCUGGGAGGACCACUCGGUUGCGGAGCGGAAUCGCAGGAAAGCGAAGGCUAGGGACGAGGCUAGGUUCGAUGAAGAUACCGGCGCGUUCGAUAGGGUGGGAAAUGUUAGAGGUGAGGAUGCUGACGGUCGGGUGCACUGGCCGAUGAAGUCGCUGAUCAUUUCUAUUGAUCGAGUCGGAGGAGACUUACGCGCUUACCGGGCGUAA